UCUAGAAAUUAUUAAUGAUGCGCUCUGCUUUUGGUCGUUGGGUAUCGCUUAAAAUGACAGUAGACAAGCCCAGCUAUGUUUACAGUUAGCUGUCAGAUUUAAAUCCCGCUUGGUGGGAAUCAUUUUGUUGGCAUCAGUUUUCGUCCUCGUGUGGUUCUUGGUUCCUCGUUUGUUGAAUUUAUUUAGCAAUAAUCUCUAACAUUUGGAUCUAAAAAAUAUGGACCCAAAUGAUGCAUCCCUAACCUGCGCCGUUAACGUAGAAUGGAACGAUCCGCAUGGUACUACAAUGCGAAAGUUCGCCCACAAACAAACGGUGCUAAGGCUUGCUCGGAACGGCCUGAAGGAGAUGUUCCUCGAGCUAUCUGCGGAAAAGCAUAGUACAAUACAGCUGAAGCUAAAAGGCGUGCAAGUGCAUUCGAAGUUCAUGUCUGAGGGUAAGGCGAGCAUCAAAUUCAACGAAGAAAAGUGCACGUUGUUCCUAUCGAAUGCACCGCCGGGGUUGUUGGUCCAGUUUCUAAAGGUUAUCUUCGUUAAGCUUACGAACGGCAAAGGCAGCAGCUCUGAAAUGAAAGAACCAUUAAACAAGAGUGAACUGUUGAAGAAAUCGCGCACACAAAUACUGGCAGGCAAAUCAGUCAACCAGUACGAUGAAAUCAGCCCCGUUACGACCAAUGAACUGAUCCGGGCCCGGAAAUUAGCCCUCGGGAAGGGCUCCAUGACGACACCUUCACCAUCGCAAAAGCGAAAGCGACCAUCCGAUGGUCCGCCUAGUGAUCGUCCGAGGCCAAAAAAACUACUUUCUGAAGAAACCGUCGAUGAAACCGCUGCGAUCGAAGGCGUACAGCUGAACCAGGAACAGAAACGUAUUCUAUCGGCAUGUCAGUCCGGGAAGAGUGUAUUUUUUACCGGUUCUGCUGGAACGGGCAAGAGCUUUCUGCUGAGAAAGAUCAUUGCCACUCUUCCUCCGGACGGUACGGUAGCAACUGCUUCGACGGGUGUGGCCGCCUGUUUGAUCGGUGGUACUACCCUACAUUCUUUCGCUGGAAUUGGAACGGGGGAAGCCACGUUGCAGAACUGUUACGAAAAGGCAUCUCGCCCGAAUACGGCCCAGGCAUGGCGCAAAUGUAAAAGACUGAUUAUUGACGAAAUUUCCAUGAUUGCAGCGGAUUUCUUUGAGAAAAUUGAAGCUGUGGCACGAUACGUUAGAAAGAACGAUAAACCCUUCGGUGGUAUUCAACUGAUCUUGUGCGGCGAUUUCUUUCAACUGCCACCGAUCGGGCGCCUGCCGGAUCGUACCCGUCCUGGUCAAUAUUCUCAGGACGCUUACCAGGACGACGAAUCGGGACGGGUUCGGUUUUGCUUCGAAUCGAAAGUUUGGCAAGAAUGCAUUCAAGCGUCGUACGAACUAACGGUCGUACAUCGGCAGCGUGACCAAGAGUUUGUUACCAUCCUGAACAGCAUCCGCAUCGGGCGUGUUACGGACGAAAUUAGCGAACGGCUGCGUAAAACUGCCAGCCAGCGUAUCGAAUCCGAAGGCAUUCUAGCAACGCAACUUUGUUCCCACACUAGCGAGGUGGAAGCAAUCAAUCAGGCCAAACUCGAAGCCCUACGAACGGAACCCAAAACGUUCGAUGCGAAGGAUAGCGAUCCGUACAGUACCAAGCAGAUCGACAUGAUGUUACAGGCACCGGCCAAGCUAACGCUCAAGAUUGGGGCCCAGGUAAUGCUGCUGAAGAACUACAACAUUGCCGAGGGACUGGUGAAUGGGGCACGAGGUGUAGUGGUAAACUUUGUGCAAGAUUUACCGCUGGUCAAGUUUAAACAACGCGAGCUGCUGGUGCGACACGAAAAGUGGCCCGUUAAGACGGGUUCCGGAAUGGUAUUGACGCGCAUACAGCUUCCACUCAAGCUCGCGUGGGCAUUUUCCAUCCAUAAAUCCCAAGGCCUCACGCUUGACUGCGUAGAGCUGUCGCUGUCGAAGGUAUUCGAGGCGGGUCAGGCAUACGUUGCCCUUAGCCGUGCCCAGAGCCUCGAAAGUAUCCGUGUGCUUGAUUUUGAUCUGAGGCAAGUGUGGGCCAAUAUGAAGGUGCUCGAGUUUUAUCGGGAUCUUCGGAAAAGAAUUAACGCCGUGAAUAGUAUGGAACCGAUGCCGGUCAAACGUGGCUUGAAGAAAUCUCUUUCGUCUAUGGGGCUCGCUAAGUCUAUCAUGAACAAGCCCUUGAUGGUGAUUAAAUAAGUGUUUGCAAUUCCGUUUCUCAAAGUAUUUCCAUCUAGACAAUCUUAGUCAAAUCUAUGUAUUUACGUUAGUGAUAUAAGCAACAACAGAACUUAUUCAAAUAAAUGGUGCCUCAUUCGAUGACUUAA